AUUGGACGAACCAUGACGGAGUCUUGGACGCUUGACCACUCUUGGGUUCGGUGUGCUCAAAGGGUGGACGAGCUCUGGGUUCCCUCUAAAUGGCAUGUCGAGGCCUUUAAGAAUGCUGGAAUCCCCGAGGACAAGCUGAUGGCAAUUCCUGAGGCAGUAGACACUGAAUUCUUUGAUCCUGCACUCGCUAAGAAGCAGGAGCGGCAUUCCGAUGAUCUGGUCCUGCUUUCAGUCUUCAAGUGGGAGCAUCGCAAGGGAUGGGAUGUACUGUUGGACGCCUACUGGUCUGCAUUCACCCCGCAAGACAAAGUUGUCUUGAAGAUAAGGAGCUACAUCCCAUCGUGGGAAGGAGGGCUCACCGAGAUGCAUGCUAGGGUAACCCAGUACGCCAAGAUGGAGUCGCCGAACCGUGGAGGACCAACGAUCCAAGAAGGAGCCUUGUCGAGGGCAGAGAUGAGGGACCUGUAUGCUUCGAGUGAUGUGAUGGUGCUCCCGACGAGAGGAGAAGGCUGGGGCCUUCCGAUUGUGGAGGCCAUGGCUAUGGAGCUCCCGGUCAUCGUUACCAACUUUAGCGGGCCCACUGAGUAUCUCACGGAGAGUAAUUCGUAUCCUAUCGGCUACUCGAUGGUAGAGCGACACAGCCACAUGUACGCAGAGCCAGACUUUGAUCAACUUGUAUCAACGCUACGACAUGUAUUUGCGAAUGCUAAGGACAGGGCGGCGAAGGGCAAGCGAGCAAGACAAGACAUGGUCAAGCGAUUCUCUCCCAGUGUUGUAGUCGAUCAGAUGAUUGAUCGCGCUAAUUUCUUACUGAGUAAUAAAACCCGAAUUUGA